AUGGCGGCGCUCUCGGUAUCCGGCGUUAUGACAAGGAGCCUCACUUGGGCAGCCUCUUAGACACCACGCAGACCUCUUUGGUCUGGGUCCAGAAAAGAAGAAAAGCCAGUGGUAGUUGAGACAGUAGAAGAAGUGAAGGAAGAAUCCAGCCUUGUGUGCCCACCAUUACGAAGCCGAACGUAUAUUCUACCUGAUGAUCUCCAGAACCAUUUGCAAUCCUGUGCCAAAGAGGUUUUUGGCUCAUCUGUUUCGAGCAGCUGGCAAGACAUCUCUCUGGAAGAUGAUCAUCUAAAGUUUAAUUUCCUGAAACGGUUAGCUGAUGACUUGGGCCAUGCAGUACCUAAUUCUAGACUUCACCAGAUGUGCAGGGUCAAAAAUGUUCUGGAUUUCUACAAUGUCCCUAUUCAGGACAGAUCUAAAUUUGAUGAUCUUCUUGCCAGUAAUCUGCCUUCUAAUUUAAAAAUUACUUGGGGAUACUAAGUGGAUCAGAAGAGGAAUACGUUGAAAUCAUUGGGCUCUCACCCCAAUACCCUAGGCAAGGGGGUGAUGAUUUCAGACUUGAAUCCUAUUUAACCUUGAGGAGCAAUAUCAGAACUGGUCUCUAAACCCACUUUUUGUGGAAGAAAGUUUAUCUUUUUCCUCAUACUAUGAAUGAACAGAAUUUUCUCUUCAUAUUUGCUGAA